UCCAUCAAUAUCCACAGAACGAGGAAGUGAGGGUCAGGUUUUUAUUUCUAUACAGUCACUGCUUGGUUUGUCUAAAAUUAAGCCUGCAAGAAUCUUCCACAAUGACAACCUUCUACUCACAUUUGAAGCGUUCUGCACUCAUCAUCCUGAUGCUCAACAGCUUCUGUGCCUUCUUACAAAAAGCCCAUGAAAUAACUUAUGUUGUGGGCUGCUUUGAGAACGGCACAACCGAGACACUGCUGGAAUUUGAUUCUGAUGAAGUCUUUUAUGUGGAUUUUGAAAAGGGAGAGGUUGAAUACACUGGACCCUACAUGCCUGGGUUCGACCCGAGUCAGUUAUUUCAGGAUUUGCAAAUAUAUAAAAAUGCUUUAAGAAACAGUAAAGCAUGCAAAGCAAUUGUGGCAUAUGGUACAAUAAUGGAAAAGCAGCCAUCAGAAGAGAAAGACCCUCCUGAGAGCAUCCUCUACACUGCAGAAGAAGUGGAUAAAGGGGUUGAAAACAGCCUCAUCUGCUUCGUGAACCAUUUCUACCCACCUUUGAUCAAAGUCACUUGGACUAAAAAUGGCCAGCCAGUGUCAGAGGGAGUGUCACUCAGUAGAUAUUAUCCCAAUCAGGACCAAACCUUCCACCAGUUCUCCACCCUGACAUUCACUCCCACUGAGACGGACAUUUACAGCUGCACAGUGGAGCAUAUGGCACUAGACAGGCCUCAAACCAGAAUCUGGGAACCUGAUUUCCAUCACCAGCAUUUUGAACUGGAUGUUUUCUGUUCGGUAGGCCUGAUUCUGGGCUUGUUGGGCAUUGUAGCUGGAACAUUUUUAAUUGUCAAAACCCUCUAGAGGGAUCAACUUUGACCACCAAACAGAAAUUCACAGUGCUUUUUUCUUUCAUUAUUCUCUUUCCUGCCACACCUCCUGCCCCUCCUCUCCUGAUUCCAGUUUCCCCAUCAUCUCAGUGGUUUCCCUCAUCCCAUCAACCUGCAGACACGCCAUCAUUUGUGCUGUAGCUGCAGGGCAUGCUUCACCUUUAACUUUUUCCCUUUGCCUUCAUCCUUUUCCUGUGUCUGACAGUUUCUGACAGCAUACUAUACAUACUAUACGAUAGCUAUACUUCACGCAACAGUUCUUGCAUGUACCCAAUGCUCGUACUGAAUGAUGAAGGAAAGAAAUACUCUGGUGCAUGAGUUGAACUGCAACUGGAACUCCACAAAGCUUUAUUAGCAGAAAUCCACUGUACAACUGAAAGCACAUGUUAUAUGUUGAUGUCAACAGUUUCUGUAGUUAAACAUGGUGGUGCUAUGUGAGGUUUACCUUUUUUUAAAAAAUUGUUUACCUUAUAUUGUCCAUAGAGUUCCACUUUCCAUGUCCUUUGAGUCUUUCCAGUCUGGAAAAAAGUGCACAUAUUUGCAAAAAUUAUAUUCAAUUUCAUAAAUACUAGAGUAGAGCAUGCAGUAUGGCCUUUGAAUCAUAAUAUAAAUAUAUGUUAAAUUUGAUUUAUUAUUCCUUUAAUUAUCUUUGUUUGCCUUUUCAUAUAUAUAUAUAUAUAUAUAUAUAUAUAUAUAGUACUCUUAAAUUUGGGACAGAUCACAGUGAAUAUGUUGAAAGAAAUGCAUGAUUUUAGAAGAUUACCUGUCAGAAAGUGUGUAAAAAUUUUAAUUUUUCAGUAUUUUAAAUCUUCUGAAACAAGCACUGCAUAGUCUGUAAAAGUUACCAGGUGAUUAUUAUAAAGCUUUUAUUAGAUUUAAGAUAUUUAUAUUUGUUGGGGGGGUUUGAAGGAGGCAGAGGCUUGAGCUCUUCCAGACAUUAAGAAGAGGUGGAGAAUGGGAGAAGGUUGUGCAAAGGUCUGUCUGCAGGGGGAAUGACAGAAGAAAGUUUCAUAGAAAAGAAUGACUAGAAACAUAUUGAUCACCAGAUGAGAACUGAACAAGCAUCUGACUAAAGUUAAAGUUGGAAAAAGGAAGUCAAGGAUAAAAGCUAUCAAACUUAAUUAAUGAUAUAUAAAGCUUACAGUGUAUUUAAGAGAAUACAAUUUUUUAAUUAUACCUUUUGUGCUUUUUAUAUUAAAAUGGUUCUUGUGUCUAUUUGAGAUUUUCUAACUUGUACCAUGAUGUUAAACUGUAUUAUAUCUUUAUAUGACUGUAUGUCUAAAUGACUUUUUAAGUGAACGUCACAAGUGAAGUCUUAACACUGAGAUUCAAAAGUUACAGUAAUAUUUUGUUUUCUUUCUUUUCUUUUGUUUUCUUUUUUUUUGUUGUUGUUGUUGUUGUUUUUUUGUUUUUUCCCCAAAGAUUUCCUUGGAAAUUAAAGAAACCUUCUCAGACCUUGUGUGGUUGUGUGUGUUUUCAUUAUUAACGUAGUUGUGUAAUUUAAAAACAUAACACGUAUUUUUCCAAUUAAAGAACUUUUUCCCCAUUUCAGCUUCAGUGAAAGCAACACGAAAAAAUUAUAGCUGAACAACAAAAAUUACUCAAGGGACUUGACAAAUCCUUCUCCCUAUGCUAAGAAAUUGCAAAGUCCAGAAAUCUGAAAGAACCACAAAAUGAAAUGUUUUUCACAUAACUGCACAAUGUUACCCUAGAGGAACAGAGCUACAGGUAUGUGCAGUUGAGCCAGUGAGUGUAAGGCUGGCUUUUCACAGGUAAGCCAUAUUAUUUAUAAUGGUUAACGCCUCUGUGUUAAAAAUAUUGCAGUCAUCAUCACGAAAGAGACUGAUCAAAAAAGCUGGUUCUGCUGCACAAGCUGCUGAAAAUAGUAGAAGAUUUCUCCCAUCCUCUACAUGACAGUGAAGAAACAACAAAGCAUGUUCAGUGAGAGACUUCUUCAACUCCAACGCAAAAC